GCUAAUUAGCGCUUAGGGUUUUGGCGCAGGAACGAUGCAUUCGUUCCUGUUGAGAGGGAAUGCGGUGCUCACCUUCGCGCUCACGGUCCUGGCCGUGGCUUGCGUCUUGGCAUCGCUCACCGACACGCUCCACUCCUCCAAACCCGAGGUUAAUGUCGAGAUCUUGAGCGUGGAUGCGUUCGGCAGGAACCCCGGCGGCAAUGACGAGGUUGUUUUGACACUGCACAUAUCGGCCGACCUUCAAUCGGUCUUUACAUGGAACACAAAGCAGCUCUUCGUGUUUCUGGCGGCCGAGUAUGAGAGCUCCAAGAACGUCUUGAACCAGAUUUCUAUCUGGGAUUCGAUCAUCCAAUCCAAGGAAGACGCGAAGAUUCAUCGAAGAACUCGCAACAAGUACUCCUUCGUCGAUCAGGGAAGCAAUCUCCGCGGCAAGGAUUUUAACCUGACACUGCACUGGAACAUCAUGCCCGUAACCGGUGCAAUGUUUUCCGAGAAGAGAGUGCUCACAGGCUUCCGCCUCCCUAAGAAUUACAUGUAAGCUCAUUAAUCUCUCUGUUUUGGACUACACAUUAAGAGACUAUGAACGAAAUAAUUGGCCCUUUUUUGCUUAAAA